AUGAUAGAGUCGAGCGAUGGUGACUGCCUCGUCAACCUACAUCGAUCGCUAAGUUCCACGAAACUCGAUCCAAGUGGUGACGAUGAUGCCGACACGACGUCGGAUACUGAGUGGCGCUCGGCAAGAUUGUCUUCAAGUGAUGACAAUUCCUCUAGUUUUAACGAUGCCGUUCGUGUUCAACAACUCGAAGAGGAACAAGAAAGACUCAAUAAUUCGUUGUUUUCCAUCAGUUCUCAUUUUGCACAAGUUCAGUUCCGCUUGAAGCAGAUUUCCGAAGCAAAAGGAGAGGACAGGGAAGCUUUGUUGAAAGAUCUGCAGGAUUUCGCCUUCAAAGGUUGUGCAGAUAUGAAUGAGCUGAAACGAUUACGUAGCGAAAGCGAAGGCGGAGAGGUGUUAGAGAUACAAAAGCAGAGACAAAACGAGCUCUUGAAACAAUUACGAGAGCAGUUAGAAGAUUUGGAGAGGAUAGCCUAUGAGAAUGGUGAAGGUGACAUGCCAAGCACCUUAAUACUUCAAAAACAGAAGGCUGUUCUCGAUGAGUUGCAUGAGAAGAUGUCAUUGAACUUGGAACUUGAUAAGAUGUCAGUUGCUGAUAUUCAGAAGCAUGUAGACAACGCCCUCAAACAGCUUGUGAAUCCUUUCAAAGAGAAACAACAGCUUGUUGAACAAUUACAAACCCAAAUUGUUGAUCUGGAGCGAUUUGUGAGCUAUUUGCAGAAAGAAAACAGCUCUCAGGAAGGGUCUCCUGCAAAAGCUAUUACCUCCUCACAGUUUACCGCAAGUAAACCAAAGCCAAGUGGUUUUUUCGGUCUAGUAUCUGGUUCAACUAAGCGUUUCCAAAAGAAUCAGCUCAAAAAUACACUGCGUGGAAAUCAUUAUGGCGACGAAAGGGCGCGCCUACAGUUAGCUGUUGAUGCUACUCAGCGAGUAUUGGAAAAGUACACAUUACUGAGUAUUGAGGGGACAUCCGCGAAGAGUGAGUUACAGGAAGUGGAUGUACUUAAUGACGAGAUUUUCGAGAGAUCAGAAGAGGAAGUUGUGUCUGUUGUGCGAAGACAAUUAUGUCCAUCACUAAAAGCCUUACUCGAGCAUGGAAUGCUUAGUGAAACGCUUUCUUUGCGAUCUUUACCGUCGUCCCUCGGAUUCGGUUGUUUCGUGAAGAGGAAUGGCUAUCCGACUAAAGCCACACCACUUCAACAUGUUUGGGAUGUUAUUUUAUUCUUCUACGAUUCAAAAAAUGGCCGUGAACUUAAUGAGGCACCCGUUCGAAAGCUGAGCCAAUCCUUUAAACUGGAAAAUGUGGCAGGCAAAAGCAUUACCUCAAAACAGAUUUUGUUAACAACCAUCGAGAACAUCGUUUCUUCUCAUGCUCGUCUUCGCAGAUCCAAGGAUGCUCAGUGGAAGGCCUUUGUGUCUGCUGCUAUGAACGAAAAGAAACUUCCUGCAUGGCUUCGAAUAAUAUUCCGAUCGCGUAAUGUUGUGGAGAUGUGUUAUAAUUCGUGGAGCUAUGUUGCAAGAACAGGAUGUGAAGAACUGUACACAUUCUUGGAAGAUUUGCAUAAAUAUAACGUUGAGCUUCCACGAAGUUGGCAAUUAGCUGGAAGUUCGAUCAUGGAUGCUAGCGUAGCUAGUGUGGAUCUAUUUGAGUUAAAACCAUGCUGUGAAAUCUCCACUCGUUUGGGUCCGGAUGAGCAGAUUAGUGCCACUGGAGGUUCGUCGUCCCAAAUUUUUGUAGGGACAAGUAAUGCACGUAUAUUUCAUUUAAAAAAGCAUCCGAAAGGUUUCAAAGUAGCUGGAAAUCUUGAAUUACAAAUUAAACGCGAAAUCCGGCAGAUAGAGUUUGCUUCGGCACUCGAUAUCUUGUUAGUGUUAUGUGACAAUAUUUUGUUCGAUAUUUUGCUGAAUUCUUUUGAGAUUGUGUCAAGCCGGUCGUCAGUCCAGAGUGUGGCAGUAAAUUCGAAUCCUAUUGUUGAUGAUGCUUUUUGUUUACAAACUGCAAUAGCGACUACUUCUAAACAAAUUCAUAUUUGUGAGAGGCGGAAUGGAAAAACAGAUACGAUUCAAAAGUUGACCACGGACGGCAUUGUGUCUGCAAUUGCGUUUUCACGGCUGACCAUCUGCUUUGCAUCAAACGGAAUGUAUAAUAUCUAUCAUGUGGAUUCAAAAACAGUUAUACCAUUGUUUCCGUUCGAUCCUCAGGUGGUGCGACCGCAAAUCUGUAGUAUUGAGAAUGAUUUUCUUGUGACCGGAAUGGACGGUCUGCUUAUAUCCGUAACCGCGCAAGGCGUUUCCACGCGGCCACCUUUGGUGAUUCCAUCAAUUGCUGUUUCUGCAUUAGUCUAUAAUGCACCUUACGUUUAUAUCCGUUCAUCAGAGGACAUGUGGAUUGUUAGUCUUGAAGAUGCGAGAAUCUCUCAAUCUCUCAAGAUCGAUGAAGGCAAGGUGCUAUGUUCUCUUGAUGGUGAGAUUUUUGCAGCAAGCAAACAAAAGCUCUUCACUGUGUCUAUGACUUCGGUCGAGAAACAGGUGGACGUGCUCAUAUCUCACCACAAGUUUGAAGAAGCACUUGCGCUUUAUGAGAGGAACUUAAAACAACAUUUCAGCGAUGAUAAUUUGUCGAAUUUCGUAGCCCUCAAAAAGAAGGUUGCUUUCCAAUACCUAGAAGAGCACAAUUUUGAAAAAGCUGCUGAACUGCUUAUAUCUGCUGAGAUCGACCCGCAAGAGGUUGUCACAAAUUCUCUUUCGCUUCCGGCUGAAAGCGAUUCAGAAACGCAGGAACGCAAUCAAUUUUUAGAGGAAUAUUUGUUGCAAAUCCGAGAUUACCGAUUUGCUUUAUCGUCGCGCUCAUUCAUCGACUCAUAUCUGCUCGAAUUGUAUGUGGCUAAAGACAAUCCUGAGCCUAUUUUGUCACUGGAAAACUACCACCCUGACUAUGCUGAAAGCGCUGCGUUCUUAGAGAAUUCCGGAUAUCAUCACUACGCUGCACAGCUGUGGCUACAAGGAGGUGAUGAAAAGAAAGCAUGGGCAAUAUGGAAGCGUCUUUCCUCUGAAGAACUUAAAGAUGCAUGUUUCAAGCCGGAGGAAGUUUUGGAAUGUAUGCCUAAUAUCAGUGACAACCAAUUGUUGUUAGAUGUCAUCUCCUGGAUGAUAACUCUACGUCCAGAACAAUGUAUUAAGGUGAUUCUAAGCACUCCUGGUUUGGAUACUCUGGCCGUAAAGCAUGUUCUGGAUGGCGAUGUGAAGCUUAUGCGCCUUUAUCUAGAAAGCCUUCCUCUCACUGAGGACAUAGCCAAGGACCUAUGCGAAAUUUAUAUUAAAGGAAUGAUUUCUGGAGAUACUUGUUGCCGUCACCGUUUCCGACGUUUGAUUUUAAAAGUCAAUCCGGCUGUUAGGAGAGCAAUUUAUGACCAGCUACCAGCCGAUUAUGGAGUUGAGCGGCUGCUAUGUGACAGCAGUCAAUCCGCUGCUGAUGUUUUGGAUAAAGUAGUCACAAUCUAUCGGGAUUAUGAUGCUGCCGAAACAAUCUGCUCGCAUUUCUCACCUUCACAACCAGAUAUUUGCCUUAAUCUUCUUAAAUAUAUGGAAUUGGAUAAAAACUCAGACUUACCGGAUGCGGCAGCACGCAUCCACUCACUGUUAAAGUGUAUGGGUGAGGCUGUAGAUUCGAGAAAAGUUAUUAAUGUUUUGCCACCUUCUAUUGGUUUCGAGCAGGUAUCGGAUUUUUUGAAACGAUCAGUGGCUAGUGUACAGAAAGAACAACAAAUCGCACACUCUAUGGUGUCACUUCUGGAAAGAAGUAUUAAACUUGAAAAAGAAAAUCUACCUAAUAAGAAAAUAGUGAUCGAAGACAAAACCGUAUGCGCAGUGUGCAAAGAAGCAGUAUCGAACAGCGAUACUCUAAGUUACCUGAGAACGGGAUAUAUUAUACACACCAAAUGUAUGAAACAUGAAAAUCUCUGUCCACUAACGAAUGCUAUUCUCACAUUAUCUGAAUGA